CCCCCCCUAGUCCCCCCUGCGCUCUUUGCGUCCGCUCGCCCUCCAGCCAUGCUCCCACUGCUGCUGCUCUCUUUGUUUCUCGUCGCGCAGCCGCCUGCAAUUCGCGGCCAGCCAGCGGAGGUGACGGUCAAGUAUGCGAUUCUCGUCUACGCAUUCUGGGCUCCAUGGCCCGCGACGGUCAUCGUCCCACCCUUCGACUACUAUCUUGAGCGCCUCAACAGCGGCCACUGGAAUGGCAAACGGCUCACGGCGGGGAACACGACGAUUCGCCUCGAACGAGACGUCAUUGAAUAUGAUCUCUCUGGCUGGACCGCGGAGCAGAUGGAUGCCCUGACCAACGACACCUACGUCGCGCUGAUAAGCUAUGGACUCACAGAGGAUGUUAUACUCCCUCUUGCGCAGCACAAGAACCUCCUGCACGUCGCGGGUUGGUCGACCGACGCCGUCUCAGCGGAUUCAUUCGUGUUUGACAAAUAUGCCCUUUCUCUUGGAGUCGCUCAGAGCAUCCUCUCGCCCUUCAAGACACGCGGCUACACCAAGUGUGCAGUGAUAAGCUCACACAAUCACCACCGUCGUCCGUACGCUGAUCUGGCGAUAGACGGCAUCCGGAGUCUGAACAUGACGCUCACGCUGCUUAUGGACGUUCCCCAUUUACCCGGUGACUUAUCGGAGGUCCAUCGCCCCCUUAUAGCACUGGGCUAUGCAGCCGAUCAGGCGGUAAUCGAUACAUACGGCAACUGGACAUUCGAGUAUGAAGAUCCGCUCAACCCGGGAACAAACAAGACCUACGGGCCCAAAUUGCUUGGGAACAAUCAUCUUGGAGAGGACUUUGCCCAGGCCCUCAAAGAGACCGGCACCGAGGUUCUCAUCCAUUAUGGUUUUGCUGAUUCAUUGACCUUGGGGCCUGACAAUUAUAAUAAGAUGAAUAUGGACGUCUACGAUGAAUUCAACCAGAUUCUCAUCGACAAGGGCGUCGACCUGAAGGUCAGUCGAUCAAUAAAUCAGUCAGUCAGUCAGUCAGAUAGCGAGUCAGGCCAGGAGAAGGGAGGGGGGGAUUUGUGUGACGUGUGAUGUUUCAGUCAGUAGUUUCUCUCCAUCUGCACACGACGACACAACCCCUUUCACUUUCUCUGUGCGUGUGUGUGUGUGGUCAGGGCUGGUACGUACGACCACUUACUGAAUCAAAUGAAAGCGUUACUUAAAGAACUCUGUUGCUGGACACACAGCUGCAUACAUCGGCUGCUGCUGUUGUUGGUUGGUGUGUUUGUUGCUUGGCGUAGGUUCCGUGACCCUCAAGUCGCGACAAGCGGCACCUACUAUCAGUAUGGCGCCCACAAUCUGACGGAUUUCUUCCUGACAAAUGCCGAGUGGACGUCCAAGGUCAACUAUUACGACGCCUUCCUCGACGUUUGGAGCAGCGACCUGAUCGCCGAUUACAACGCCUGGCCCAACCGCACCACGGACUACGAAAGAUUUGUCAAUCAGCACAUGCACGCAGGUAGGCAAGCCACCCAUCCAUCCAUCCAUCCAUCCAUCCAUCCCCAGCGGGCAGCGGGCGAAGGGAUGACAUGUUUAUUUGUGCGUGUUUGCACCUUCAUUCAUCAGUGCAUCUGCUGGCGAUUUGCAUUUCGUUUCUGACCGAGUGGAGUCCCGACAUGGACACGAACCGGGCGGCCAUCAAGCUGGAGCUCUGGCGUAACAGCUUCGACACCUUCUGGGACGCCAACCUGCGGUUCGACAAGGAUAGCCGACUGAACGGAGCCUUUAUCAUGCUCCAGCAGUUCCCAGGGACCACCAGCUUCAGCGAUCUGAAGGCGGUGGCACCCGAGGCCGUUGCCGAAGUCCCCAUUCAGAUCCCCAUGCCGAGCUUCGAGUCGAGAUUCAUAGGCUGCCCCCCCGGCACCUUUAAUGAUG